CACCAUAACUUUGAGCUGUCAAACCGUGUCAAAGAGACACCGACUGAAUAUCAAAAGAAAAAUAGUGUCUUGAACUUCCUUUAGUGCAAUUAACUUUCCAAUUAUGAAAUCGGCAUUGCUGUGUAAAAAGUUUAUGAAUUUAGGCAUAAACAGACAAUUUCAUACAACAUGUAGGAAUAUGUUUGGUUUGGUGCCAAUUGUGAUCGAACAAACGGGUCGAGGGGAACGUUCAUACGAUAUUUUCUCACGUUUGCUCAAAGAACGUAUCAUUUGCUUAAUGGGUGGCAUCAAUGAUAGCAUUAGUUCAUUGAUUGUGGCACAAUUAUUAUUUUUGCAGUCGGAAAGCAGUUCAAAACCAAUUCAUAUGUAUAUCAAUUCGCCUGGUGGCAGUGUUACUGCUGGCAUGGCCAUUUAUGAUACCAUGCAGUACGUGAAACCACCGAUCGCAACAUGGUGUGUUGGACAAGCAGCUUCCAUGGGAUCAUUGUUACUUGCAGCCGGCGAAGCUGGUAUGCGUCAUUCGUUACCAAAUUCACGGAUCAUGAUUCAUCAACCGUCUGGCGGUGCUCAAGGUCAAGCGACUGAUAUUCAAAUUCAAGCCGAGGAGAUCAUUCGAAUGAAAAAAGCACUCACGGAAAUUUACUCGAAACACACAAAACGGCCAUACGAUGAACUGUACAAUUAUAUGGAACGUGAUAAAUUCCUAACACCCGAGGAAGCAAAAGAAUUGGGACUCAUUGAUAGUGUUUUGACACAUCCACCAACCGAAAAUAAUUAGAAUAUCGGUCACAAUUCACAUUAUUAUGUAUUUUUAGAUAAAUAUGAAUAAAAUUCAAAUGUUCAAAGAAUA